GAUACGGUCGUGGCUACGAAGGUGAAGGCGGUGCUUCUGCUGCUGCAUCUGCCGGUGGAGCAGGACGUGGUGCAGGCGGUGAAGGAAGAGACGCUGGAGCUGCUGCUGCAGGAGGACGUGGACCUGGAAGACAAGGCGAAGGAGCUGAUGCCGCUGCCGCCGCCGCUGCUGCUGCUGCGGCUGCCGCUGGAGGAUAUGGAGGCAGAGGAUACGGUCGUGGCUACGGAGGUGAGGGCGGUGCUUCUGCUGCUGCAUCUGCCGGUGGAGCAGGACGUGGUGCAGGCGGUGAAGGAAGAGACGCUGGAGCUGCUGCUGCUGCUGCCGCUGCUGCUGCUGCAGCCGCUGCUGGACGAGGUGGUUACGGAGGCAGAGGUGGAGAGGGUGCUGGCGGUGCCGCUGCUGCCUCUGCUGCUGGAGCAGGACGUGGAGCUGGAGGACAAGGCGAAGGAGCUGCUGCCGCUGCCGCCGCCGCUGCUGCUGCUGCGGCUGCCGCUGGAGGUUAUGGAGGCGUAGGAUAUGGUCGUGGCUACGGAGGUGAGUCCAGUGCUUCUGCUGCAGCUUCUGCGGGUGGAGCUAGACGUGGUGCAGGCGGUGAAGGAAGAGACGCUGGAGCUGCUGCUGCUGCUGCCGCUACUGCAGCUGCAGCCGCUGCUGGACGAGGUGGUUACGGAGGCAGAGGUGGAGAGGGUGCUGGCGGUGCCGCGCUGCUGCUCUGCUGCUGGAGCAGGACGUGGAGCUGGAGGACAAGGCGAAGGAGCUGCUGCCGCUGCCGCCGCCGCUGCUGCUGCUGCGGCUGCCGCUGGAGGGUAUGGAGGCAGAGGAUACGGUCGUGGCUACGGAAGGUGAGGGCGGUGCUUCUGCUGCUGCAUCUGCCGGUGGAGCAGGACGUGGUGCAGGCGGGCGGUGCUUCUGCUGCUGCAUCUGCCGGUGGAGCAGGACGUGGUGCAGGCGGUGAAGGAAGAGACGCUGGAGCUGCUGCUGCUGCUGCCGCUGCUGCUGCUGCAGCCGCUGCUGGACGAGGUGGUUACGGAGGCAGAGGUGGAGAGGGUGCUGGCGGUGCCGCUGCUGCUGCUGCUGCUGCAGGAGGACGUGGACCUGGAAGACAAGGCGAAGGAGCUGAUGCCGCUGCCGCCGCCGCUGCUGCAGCUGCGGCUGCCGCUGGAAGCUAUGGAGGACGCGGAUUAGGUGAUGGAUACAGAGCUGGUUCUGGUGGAGCUGCUGCUGCGUCUGCUACUGGAGCUGGAUCUGGUGCAAGAGGACGAGGCUCUGACUUCAUUACCGAUGCUGCUGCUCUAGCAUCUGCUGCUGCUUCUGCUUUCGGUUCAGGAGGUUACGGCGGCAGAGAAUACGAAACUAGUUCUAGCGCUGCUGCGUCUUCUGCUGCUAGUAGUUCUGUUGAUAGGUCAACUGUAUAUUCGACUAUUUCGCGAUUGUCAUCGUCUUCUUCUUCGUCCAGAGUUUCUUCUGCAGCUUCUGCUCUUGCUUCUGGUGGUGCAUUCAAUGCUAACGCAUUGUCUUCAGUUAUUUCAAGUCUGUCGUCUCAAGUUCGUUCUUCGUCUUCAGAUCUCUCCGGAUGUGAAGUGCUCGUCCAGGUUCUGUUAGAAGUUUUGUCAGCCCUUGUGCAUAUCUUGAGUUCGUCAAAUAUUGGUCCAAUUGAUUUGAGUUCCGUAACUUCAGCCUCAAAUAUUGUUUCUAACUCACUUUAUGCGUUAGCAUGAAGCAAAGUGUGUUAAAAUUUAAUAUUUUCUGAACGUGUAACAUUUAUUCAGAAAUAAAUAAAUACAUUGCAUGAUAUAAAGUUAUC